GUUGCAGUGAUGACAAAUGUAACUCAUAUGAGAUCAAAAGAGUACAAGACUGAAACCUGCCACAUCUCUAUUCGACAAUACACGCUCAAAUUCACGGAUAUGGAUCCCAAUGAGAUAGAUAAUCAACGCCAAAGGGCCAUUAUGGGCUGGUGGACUGCGGUGCUUCAGGGACGCAUCAUGCAUCUUGUAGAUGCUCUGGAGAAUUUUCUUGAUAUGGUUGUUCUCGUUAUACAGCAAAUUCCACUAGGCCUAAUGCUCUUGUACAUAGUAGAUCUUCAGUUGGGCUAUUUGGUAUCUAUACUAACCCCGAAAAUGCAUGAAUUAGCUCAUCAACUUUUGGGAUAAGGCUUUACCCUGAUAUUGAGACAUUUGUCAAUCACUUGCGCAAGGCAGAACUAAAUCAAGAAAUUGGAGACAUGCCAGUAGAUGAGGAUGGCCAUGUAGACUUUCCCGAGGAAAGGGAACUCACGCCUCUAACAGCAUCGGAGUUAGAAGAAGAAUAGCUCUGCUUUGGACUAGGAAAUUUUGUUGGUUGUAGAUAUGUAUGAUAGAUAUCAAAUCGGAUAUGUUGUAUUAUACUAGUGAUUGUAGAAUAGGUAUAGCACUUACCCCUUACGCACGGGAAUUUUAGAUUGUAUGACAAAUAAAAUAGUAGACUCGGAUGGCAUAGAUGAUACUCUAGCAGUUGUGUAUAACGAGGAUGUAAUGAAAUAGUGAUAGUAUAAAGUGUGAUGGUCUAAUGUAAAGCGUAGCAGUUAUGUAUAGUUGAACGUGUACCUAUGUAGGAAUGGUAAAC